AGCUGCAAUUUUAAGAAAAUAGUGCAACGAAAAAUAAAUAUUGCAGCAAAAUAAUCGGCAAAUGCGCACUCCCCAUUUUCCAUCUUAAUGGAAGAGCUUGUCCACCCCCUCCUUGUAUAUAGAUGGCUCGGCCCAGGUGACGCUGGCACUAGAUCAUCAUGGCGGUUGAUUUGACACCGAGGUUUAGGAGAAUAAAAAGCCAGUAUCGAACGUUAGGUGAAAGUGCAACGACGGGUUUUACUGGACCUUUUCAAGCCACAAGGCUGUGGAAGAAUAUUAUUCAUGUUCUUCAGGCUCAAGUUGAUAUCAAGAGGAGAAGGUGGCACUUAAGAACAUACAAUGCGUGUUUUACUGGCUCUGAUGCAGUUGAUGUAGUUCUUAGUUUUUUAAUGCAAAAUAUAUACUUUAGUUGCACUGACAUUUCCAGGCUGAAGGCAGUUCGCCUAUGCCAGUUACUGAUGGAUUCAAAAGUAUUUGAACCAGUUGGAGGAAAGUUAUUUAGAAAGGAAAAGGACAUGGUGUUUGAAGAUGCCCAUUGCAGUCUUUAUCGCUUCUUAGACUGUGAUGCUUUGCCAGGUUCAUUUAAACGAGUUAACACUGAAAAUAUGUCACCUGAUUAUCUUCAUGUGAAGAAGAAGAAGAAGAAGAAAAACAGUUUGGAGAAAAUUACAUUUUCAAACCCCCUUGCGCUGGAGUCUUCAGACCGAAGAAUAGAGAAACUGUUACAAAUGAUAAAUUUGCGUCCAUUAGUUCCAGCAAAUUCUACAUCAGAAUCAUCGACCAGCUUGCUAUCAAAACAAGUUGUGGAGGGCAUUUGGAGGCAGCAGACAUUGUUAUAUUUGCUUCAGUUAAUUGAGCUUCCUAUUCUGGAUGGUAUUCUGGCAUCAUCUGUGACGUUGGAGCAAAGAAAUACAACAUUUUGUAACCAGGAUGGACUAAUAAUUUCCAAUACUUUUGUGGACAGAGUGGUCUCUCAGUCUCUACAACUAUCUGAGACUGAUAUGUGGCUUUCUGCUGCUAUUGACUGUCUGGACCUUUUCCCUGACCAGAUGUUGGUGACAAUAGAACAUCUUUUAUAUAAGCAGCAUGCUAAUGAGAAUGAGAAUGUGGAGGCAAAAAAGAGACUACUUUUUGACACCAUAGCAAAAUAUUAUAAUCGGGAUUGUGAUCCACUUAUGACAAGUCGAUAUUUUAACAUCCAUUCUGGAAUUGUGGACCUUCUUGAGAAAGGAAAAAUUCAGCAAGCACUUGAAGCAUCUCAGCUCUGUUUCAGACUGCUUGAACCUAACGUAAGAGAUGAACUAAGACGCCUUUUGGCAUUCAUGAAUUUUGCAGCUGACCCUGAUGCUUACAAACUUCAUAAACAGCAUGAAAAUAGCACAGUUGUUUGCCGCACAUUUGCAAGAGCUGUUAACAGAAAUGCAUCCUUAUCAAAGACACAAACUGACUUAUUGCUGAAAUUCCUAAUGAACAACCAAUUGGAUCUUUUCAAGACUCCAGUAUCACUAAUUGACACAGUCAGGAAAAAGCUUCACUCUUUGCAUCAUGGUAUGGAUCUGGAUGAACUGGGAGCUGUAACAUUCUGCAAGCAGUUCACGACUGAGAAGUAUGAAGAACUGAAAGAAGAAACUACAAAUAAUGAACUAUUGCAUUUAAUCCAGAAUAUUAAUCAGAGUACUACUAUUCCAGUAAAAGAAAAGAAGAGACUACUGAAGGAUUUUCAGAAGCACCAUACAGAAAUCUAUCUUCAGCAUUUUUCAAGUGGAUUUUAACUUUUGUUUUAAAUUAUAACCAUUAUUCUACCCCUGGACUGGAAAUGAACAUUUGUGAAGUAAAGGUUGAAUAUAUUCACACUAACAAUGAAUGUAACGGUUUAAUUGCAAUUGAAAUGUAUGCCCAUACAUGCCCAUAGCAGCAUUAUUUUCUUGAAUUUCUGAAAGGAAUGAGGACCUCUGUUCAUGUGCCAUAGUGGUCAAGGCUUUGAACAUCAUAGCCUAUUGACACUGUGUGACGAUGAGCAAGUCACUUCACCUGCCUGUAGUCGAAUUGGGAAUCUCAGAUGUCAUACAUUGACUUGGAUAAAGGUGUCAGCCAAAUAAAUAAUUUUCAAGCUGUAUAAAUUCUACUUAUAGAAAGAGCAAUGUGUUUACCUCCUAAAUGGCCUUUCCAAAUUGUUUGGGCAAGGACUGAUCCACCACUAUACUAUGGUCCUUCCCACGUGGUAAAAAAAAAAUGUUUUUAAGGCAUGAAAAUGCUUCUUAAAUAUAUAAAUGCACAUAUAGGUUUUAUUCAUUUUUAACCAUUAAUUGCACUACAGCUUUUUUUGCUGUUAAAGUAUACAUUUACUACAUUUAUACAGGUUUUUUCUUCUUUUCUUCCAGUGUACCAGCUAAACAUUCCUAAUUCUUAAGGUGUAAUUAUAAAUAUGGAUUACCAUUUUAAUUAUGCAGCAUUUGUUUCUUACAAAAACUACAGUAUACUGUACGACACACACAUAUAAUAAACACAGUAGAACCUCUAAAAAAGCCGCAAACACCUGAAAUGUUCAUAAGAUGUUUAUCAGGAAGAUAAAAGUCUAAUAUGCUUAACAAGUUUUCAAGCCUAUUGUUUACUAAACAGCAAUUUCAAAUUCUUCUUUUUCUAAUUGAAAAUGUAAUCUGCUAUACUUAAUGCAAGCCCUCUCACCAUCUAAACUCAAGACAAGCAGUGUCCUUUUUUAAAUAAAGGACAAAAUAAAAGGUCUGAAUUCAUUAAAGUAGCUUUUCUUGCCAUUUAUUUAAUUGCACAGAACAGCACCUCUGAUUCCUUUCUCUCAUUUAUUAUUUCACUUUUCUUUAAAACUAAUAUUCCAAUCUUCUAUUUGGUAAAGGCUGCCUUACUGCUGUCUGUUUACAGGAACUUCGCAGCAAAAUUAAAAAAAAAAAAGAUUUGCAAUAGCUCAACUACUGGAAUACCUUGUGUAAAGGAGCACUACAACUAAAUGCUUGUAAACCUUCAAAAGACACGUGUUGGAAAAAAAUUUUUUUUGUGAUCGGCCAAUUUACCUAUCACUGACUGAGUGUUUUGUGGUACUAAUUGGCCAAAUUAAAUCAGUUGCCAAUUGAUCAGAGAAUCUCAAGUUUUUAGUAAUUGAAUGAUAUUGUGUUUAAAACUAUUCACAUAUUGUCUGUUUUAACUUUUUUUAUUGUCCAUGCUAUCUGUGUGAUAUAGUCCUUUAUGAAUAAAUAAUAUAAUUUCUUACAGAAUAUUUAAUUACAGUCCACACAAUCCUGAACUGAGUAAUUGUAUUACUUAAUAAGAGACUGAGGAAGCCAUGCAGCCAUGGUAAUGUGUAUAUUUGACGUAUGAUUUAUCAACCGCUAGUUAUUUGCUUUAUUUGGCUUAACAUUUUUUUCUUAAUGGCAAAUUUAUGAAUAUUACAGAACACUGUAACCUAAAUAAACCAGUAAAAAUGAAUAAAGUUAAUAAAUCUGAAAUUAUCUGUAAGUAUUGCAACUUAAAUUAAAGGGAAUUAUUUUUAUAUGUAAUAAAUUGCAAUGAAUGUGCACUAAUA